AGUGUUGACGCUGCUCAACCAGAUAUAAGAACUGCUUUCUUCCGUCAGCCGGUUGUGGCUUUUUGCGCUGCUCAUCGAGUACAGCAGGCCUUUUAUUCGUUGGCUUUAUAGGCACCUACUUCUCUCGCCGUCAUCGUCACACACACGCACUUUCUCAGACAUGGCAAGAGACGAAUUGCUCGACUUGGAGGACCCGGACGUGCUGCUGGAGGCGGACGACGCCGAGGCGGUCGACGACCACGACGACGAUAACCUAAACGAUGACCUCGACAGCGAGGAUAUUUGGGAGGUCAUCUCGUCCUUCUUUCGCAAGAAGGGUCUGGUGCACCAGCAGCUCGACUCCUACAAUGACUUCCUCAUGCGCAUUCCGAAGAUGAUCGAGAACAUGGCUGUCAUCCCACGCCAGGAUGACCAGUACGAUCCCGGCAUGGCGAUGGAGGAGGAGCGCGACCAGCCUCGACUGGUCCUGCAGGACGUCUUCAUCGGCAACCCGUCGCACCAGACGCACUCCUACUUUGCCGGAGGAAAUCUGCCGCCGCUCUUCCCGAAUGAGUGCCGGCUGCGAGAUAUGACCUACGACGCCCAGGCGCAGGUGACCCUCGGGGUGGAGCUCUACCGCCCGCACGCCGACACCCCGCACGACACCUUCCUGCGCAACGUGGAGCUGGGCCGCAUCCCUAUCAUGCUCAAAUCCAUGCGGUGCAACCUCAGCGGCAAGGACGAGGACGAGCUGCCGCGGCUCAACGAGUGCCCGCACGACCAGGGUGGCUACUUUGUCGUCAACGGCACGGAGAAGGUGCUCAUUGCGCAGGAGCGGCAGGCCGCCAACCACGUCUACACCUUCUCUCGCCAGAAGGGUCUACUGUGUGAGGUGAAGUCGAUCGUUGAGGGCUCGCUGAACAAGCCGCGCACGCUGCAAAUCAUCAUGCAGUACAAGAACAAAGGCCCCGGCAGCGGCUUUGAGAACCUGAUGUGCCGCGUGGCCCAGAUGGACGAGACGAUCCCCCUCUUUGUGCUCUUCCGUGCGCUGGACAUGGUGGCGGACAAGGAAAUUCUGCAGACGGUGGUGCCGGACCUGAAGGACACGGCGAUGCUGGAGCUGCUGCGUGGCUCGAUGAGCGACGCGAGCACGCUGCAAAUCUUCACCCGCGAGGACGCGCUCGGCUACAUUGGGCGUCGCCUGGGCAAGCAGGACUCCAUGGCGAACCUCCAGCGUGAGGCGGAGAGUCUGUUGAUGCGCGACCUGAUCCCGCACAUGGGCACGGACCCGUCCGCCAACCGCACCAAGUGCCUCUACAUGGGCUACAUGGUGCACAAGCUGCUGCUGGUCGCCCUGGGCCGCCACGAGGAGACGGAUCGCGAUUUCCUCGGCCACAAGCGCAUUGACGUGGCGGGUGCCCUGCUGACGGUACAGCUACAGACCUUCCUGGCGCAGGUGCGGAAGGAGAUGAUCAAGACGCUGCAGGACCACGCCGCCAACCCUCGCGGAGUCUUCAGCUUUGGCCGCAUCAUCCACAGCAAGCUGAUCACCGACGGCCUGCGACGCUGCCUCGCCACCGGCAACUUCGGCGACUUGAAGACGGGUGCCAUCAAGACCGGCGUGGCGCAGACGCUGAACCGGCUCACCUACUCCUCCUCGCUGAGCAACCUGCGGCGCAUUCAAAACCCAAUCGCCGCCUCCAGCAAGGCCACCCGCCCGCGCAACCUGCACUGCACGCAGUGGGGCUACAUCUGUCCCGUGGAGACGCCCGAGGGCGGCUCGAUCGGCCUGCUGAAGAACGUCGCGUUGAUGUGCCUCAUGUCGCGCGGCACCGACCACGCGGAGGUGGUGCAGGCGGUGCAGGCCCGCAUCGACAGCAUCCGUGCCAUCGGGCUGGAGGACACCGCCGACGUGCGCGUGGCACGCGUCUUUGUUAACGGCACCUUGAUCGGCGUGGACCGCAACCCGGAGCGACUGCUGCACGAUCUGCGCACCCGCCGCCGCAACGGGGAGCUCAGCAACGAGGUCAGCAUCGUGCGCGAUAUCCGCGAUCGCGAGAUUCGCGUCUUCUCCGACGCGGGCCGCUGCCUCCGCCCGCUCUUCGUCGUCGAGAACUGCCACCUGAAGCUGCGCAAGUCCGGCAUGCGCGACCUCUUCGUCUCCGAGAAGGUCGGCGGCAAGAAGGAGAUCUCGUGGAACACGGUUCUCAAGAAGGGGUACGUGGAGCUGAUCGACUGUGAGGAGGAGGACUCGCUGCUCAUCGCCAUGACUCCGAACGAGGUGGAGAAGAACUACUACUACUCUCACUGCGAGAUGGACCCGUCGAUGAUUCUCGGCAUCUGUGCGUCCAUUAUCCCCUACCCGAACCACAACCAGUCGCCACGUAACACCUACCAGUCGGCCAUGGGUAAGCAGGCCAUGGGUAUCUACGCCUCGAACUUCCACAUGCGCAUGGACACCACCGCGCACGUCCUCUUCUACCCGCAGAAGCCGCUAGUGCGCACAAAGGCGAUGUCGUACAUGCACAGCAACGACCUGCCCGCCGGGCACAACGCCGUGGUGGCCAUCUCGUGCUACAGCGGCUACAACCAGGAGGACUCCAUCAUUAUGAGCCGCUCCGCCGUCGAGCGCGGCUUUUUCCGCAGCGCCUUCUGGCGCUCCUUCAAGGCGAAGGAGGAACGGCAGCGGCGGGACACUCUGGAGACCUUUGAGAACCCGGACCGCGAGGUGUGCCACGUGAAGCGCGCGGACUACUCCAAGCUGGACACGGACGGCCUCAUCAAGCCGGGCAUGCGCGUGCUCGGUGGCGACGUGGUGGUGGGCAAGACGAUCCCGCUGCCCGAGGCGGACCUCGAGAAGCUGACCACCGGCAACACGAAAAUCACUAAGCGCGACGCCAGCAUCACCUCCCGCACCACCGAGAAGGGUGUGGUGGACAAGGUGAUGCUGACCAUGAACAACGGCGACCGCUUCACCAAGGUGAAGAUCCGCACCAUCAAGAUCCCCAACAUCGGUGACAAAUUCUGCAGUCGGCACGGGCAGAAGGGCACGAACGGCAUUCAGUUCCGCCAGGAGGACAUGCCCUUCAACCGCGACGGCGUGGUGCCCGACCUCAUCAUCAACCCGCACGCCAUUCCCUCCCGCAUGACGGUGGCCCACCUGAUCGAGACGCUGGCGGGCAAGGUCGCGUGCUACAAAGGCGGCGAGGUCUACGCCACGCCCUUCUGCUCCGUCGUGGUGGACGACUUCGGCAAGGCGCUGCACGCCCUCAAGUCGCAGCGCUACGGAAACGAGUGCCUCUACAACGGCCACACCGGCCUCCCGCUGGAUCACCUUAUCUUCUUCGGCCCCACCUUCUACCAGCGCCUAAAGCACUUGUCCGGGGAUAAGAUUCACGCCCGCCCACGUGGACCGCUGCAGCCGCUGGUGCGCCAGCCGACGGAGGGCCGCGCACACGAGGGCGGUCUGCGUUUUGGUGAGAUGGAGCGUGACUGCAUGCUGUCUUACGGGGCCUCGCAGUGGCUGCGCGAGCGCCUCUUCCGCGUCAGCGACUACUACACGGUGCACGUGUGCAACCUCUGCGGCACCAUCUGUGUCGCCGACACGAAGCUGAACCGCUACCAGUGCAAGGGGUGUGAGAACGACACGCGCAUCUCGCAGGUGCUCAUGCCGUACGCCUGCAAGCUGCUCUUCCAGGAGCUGAUGUCCAUGACGAUCCUGCCGCGUCUGGGGACCGGCCCGCUGUAA